AUGCAUCAACCAUGUCAUAUAGAAAAUGUUGUAGCAGCAAAGGACAAGGAAAAAGUUGAAAGAAAUCGUCUAAGGCUUAAAGCUUCUGUUGUAGCUAUCCGGUGGCUCACCUUUCAGUCAUGUGCAUUUAGAGGACAUGAUGAGAAAGCCAACUCAAAAAAUAAAGGAAACUUUCUUGAAUUGUUGAAGCUUCUUGCACAGUUCAAUCCUGAUCUUGCCAAAGUCAUUCUGGGGAAUUCUCCAUACAACUUGAAUGUUGUGAUACAAGAUAUGGCUGCUGAUGGAUCAAUUCCUGGAACAACACGUGCUGAUGCUGACACUUCUUUUAGCUAUUUGUCCUCUUUCGAGUUUGUCUUUGUCUUGUGUAUGAUGAAGGAGAUACUAGAGAUAACAGAAGGACUUGGCCAGGCUUUACAACUGAGAUCACAAGACAUUGUAAAUGCUGUUCGUCUAGUAUUUGCUACAAAAGAGUGUCUUAGGCAGUUGAGAUCGGAUGAUGGUUGGGAACAAUUCUUUUUCAGAGUUGUUGAAUUUUGUGUAGAGCAUGGCACUGCAAUUCCAAACAUGGAGGAAACUUAUAUCAUGCGUGGUGGUCGAGCACGACAUCAGCCUGAUCAUUUCAGUAAGGAGCAAUAUUUUCGAGUGGAGAUCUUCCGUGCAACUAUUGAUUGCCAACUACAUGAAUUGCAUCGCAGGUUCAAUGAGAAGAUAAUGGAUCUUCUAUCCACCAGUGCCACUCUAAUUCCCAGAAAUAGAUUUAAAUCACUUAAAGGGAGUGAUAUAUGUGAGUUAGUGAAAAAGUACUACCCAGCUGAUUUUACUCAACAAGACCGAUAUGGAUUAGAACAACAACUGAAAACCUUUGUUGUUGAUGCUUCUAAUGAUGAAGAGCUGAAAAAUAUCUCAACUUUGACUGACCUUUGUCAUUGCCUUGUCGAGACGAGAAGAGAUACUAUCUACAAUCUGAUUGUCAGGUUACUCCGUCUACUUGUCACUCUUCCAGUUUCUACCGCAAGUGCAGAACGAGCAUUUUCAAGUUUAAAAAUCAUCAAGACAAGGUUGCGUAACAAAAUGGGAGAUGAGAAUCUUGCCAAUAAUUUGGUAGUUCACAUAGAGCGUGAAAUUGCUGAGAAGUACGAUUUUGAGGCUGUUUUAACAUCAUUUAAGAGCAAGGCGGAUCGGAAAGCUGAUCUAUAA